GUGAAUUCCCAGUGGCCCAACCCCACGUAUCUCCGUGCCUCUGUCUCAGCCUCUCUCUGUGGUUCUGUCUCGGUCUCUCUCUGUGUGUAUCUCUCAGUCUCUCUGUGUCUCUGUCUCAGGCUCUCUCUCUCUCUCUCUGUCUCUGUCCCAGGCUCUCUCUCUGUCUCUCUCUCAGUCUCUCUGUCUGUCUCUCUCUCUCAGUAUCGCUCUGUCUGUCUCUCUCUCUCUCUCAGGCUCUCUGUGUGUGUCUCUCUCUCAGUCUCUCUCUCUCUAUGUAUCUCCUUCUCAGGCUCUCUCUGUCUGUCUGUCUCUCUCUCAGUCUUUCUGUGUGUCUCUGUCUCAGUUUCUGUCUGUCUCUGUCUCAGUCUCUCUAUGUGUCUCUGUCUCAGCCUCUCUCUGUGUCUCUGUCUCAGGCUCUCUCUGUCUGUCUCUCUGUGUCUCUGUCUCUCUCUCUCUGUGUCUCUGUCUCAGUCUCUCUCUCUGUGUCUCUGUCUAAGUCUCUCUCUGUGUGUCUCUCUCUCAGUCUCUCUGUGUGUCUCUGUCUCAGCCUCUCUCUCUCUGUGUCUCUUUCUCAGGCUCUCUGUGUGUGUCUCUCUCAGUCUCUCUGUGUGUCUCUGUCUCAGUUUCUCUCUCUGUCUCCGUCUCAGUCUCUCUAUGUGUCUCUGCCUCAGCCUCUCUCUGUGUGUCUCUGUCUCAGUCUCUCUCUGUGUCUCUCUCUCAGUCUCUCUCUGUGUCUCUGUCUCAGUCUCUCUCUGUGUGUGUGCCUCUCUCUCUCUCAGGCUCUAUCUGUGUGUCUCUGUCUCAGGCUCUCUCUGUGUGUGUCUCUGUCUCAGUAUCUCUCUGUGCCUCCUUGUGUGUCUCUCUCAGUCUCUCUCCAUGUCUCUCUGUGCGUCUCUCUCAGUCUCUCUCCAUGUCUCUCUGUGUGUCUCUCUCAGUCUCUCUCCAUGUCUCUCUGUGUGUCUCUCUCAGUCUCUCUCCAUGUCUCUCUGUGCGUCUCUCUCUCUCACACGCACAAGCACAACGGUGUCUCUCUGUCUCUCCGUCUGCGGAGUUGCGUCCGGCGUGCGAAGCACCGCGCACGCCAGACGAUGACAGCUGCACGAGUCAUUUCCCUUCAGGUCGCGUCGUCAUCGUCGUCGUCGCGUGGCGGCGACGGAGCCGUCGCGUCGAGCUGCGCGUCCGACGGGGAGCCACGGCCUCGCCCCGCGGAGUUCGUCACCGGCGACAGUCCCGUGCACGCGGUCAACACUCCACAUUCCGACGGCGGGAGCGGGUCCUUCCGUGGGGCAACCGCCGUAGACUUCCUGGCAAGGUGGUGCGGCUGAACUCGUGCUCACCCUGCCGGUGGUGGUGGCGAUGCCCGGUCGAGUCGACCACCGAUCGCUAGCUCAUCGGAUUCCACCAGUAGACAUUAAAUACUCUCCCGGAUUCACGAAGCCUGAAAUAUCGAAGUCACUGACAAGCGGGAG